AUGAAAGAGAAUGAAAAGGAGAAGAAGGAGAAGAAGGAGGAAGAAAAGGAGAAGGAGAAGGAGAAGGAAAAGGAAAAGGAGGAGGAGGAAGAAAAGGAAAAGGAGGAGGAAAAGACGAUAGAGAAAGAAAAGGGAAAAAUUAAAACAUUUAACAAAUUGUAUUAUUGUAAAUGGACAGCGAUAAAAGGAUGUUUGAAUGAUGAUGAACAGAUUGCUGUUAGUAGUUCGGCAACUGGAAAUACCGAAAGUGUUGAAACAAUUGGUCGACGAGAUGAGCUAAUUGAAUUCGUUAAUCCGAUACCAAUCCGUUACAAUUACGAUGAUGAUAUUACAAUUCGUUUUGAACUAUUCUGUGCUGAGAAACCAAUGUCAUCAUCAUCAGCUAGUUCAGAUUCAAGACGAUAUUCUGAUACUAUUGUACGUUUUCGUAGUUCCAGUGAACUUUUAUUCUGGAAUUUUGUUGAUUCUUUAGAGUGUGAAUUAAAUGCUGUGAUACAUCGUGGACGAUUAUCGGAGGAGGAAGAUGGAAGAAUUCGAGAAGGAUCAUCCGGUAAAUUCACAGUGAUAUCAGAACGAGUACCAAUUGAUCGUGCUUUUUCGGAGAAACAAAUUUGUAUGGAAAUUUCAAUUUCACAAUUUGAAAAACGUGGUAAAAUGAAAUAUACUGAUUUAGAAAUUUAUCUCGCCAUUCAUAGGAAAAGUUUAAAAGAAGACAACAUUAUCAUUUAUCGAUCUCCAAAAAGGAUUGAAAUCACCUCAACAAGUUUGCAUAAAUUUCCGGAAAUUAUUAUUCCAUGUGAAAGGUUACUACUGAAUGGAAUUGAGGAUAGGGUCAUUUAUUUUACACUUCAAAAUGCCGCAAACGGUGAUGUGAUCGGUGAAGCGGAUGUUUUCUAUUCACAUUUGGUUUCUGAUGGUAAAGUAAAUUUGAAGCUACGAUCUCGUGAUUUCAAUACCAAUAUUUUAUUUGGCGUAUCAAAGCGCUCAUUUCAUCCAGUUGGCGUGUUACAUGUUAAUUUCUACAUGAACAAUGGCGCUAUAAAUUGUCCUUCACGUAGUAGCACUGAAUGUCGAUAUCGAUCAUCGGUGGAAUUGUCAACAUCAUUGAGUUCUGCCGAAGAUCGUUGUCAACAUUUAAUUAAGAAUAUUGACGAUGAGCGAUUGGGAUUUUCUCCUUCAUUUGGCAAUGUUAUGUUAGCUAGCGGUCGAACACAAGCAUAUCUUGUAUCAUUAUUGGCACCAACAAUUGAGGUACGAUUACGACAACCAUCAUCAAUUCGACCUGCUGAAUCUUUAACUAAUAAUAAUUUUUAUAAAUUUACCUCAAACAUUCCUUAA